GAGGGAAGAGAGGCGGGUAAAAUGUAAACAUUGAUCCAAACCGAGGAGACAGAGCUUGGUAGACAUAACUGUUUUAUACCUUAACUACUGAUGAAUUUAUAUUUUUAUGUUUACACUCCCGCGCCAAAGUCAAAGUUUUUGACGCAUAGAAUGAGAGAUUGCCUUAUAAAGUUUACGCUACGUUAUUAGCUAGCUCGUUGACAGCUAACAACGACAUUAGCUAGCAACAUACUUUACCAUAGCAACCAUUGUAAGUUCUGUCAUUUUGUGUGAAUGAAGUUUCAUGGAGGACUACGAGAAGUUUGUAGACUUCCAUUUGUCUCGGCUAAAGAAGACUAAAGAUGUGGAUGAGGACAAACCAAAAUCAUCCCUUAUUUGCUUCCAUGGUCGACCUAUCCUUCCUCCUCUGCUUUCAGGGACACAGAGGGAGGAGAUGGGCAGACUCAAAAAGGCUGCUCAAAAAGCUGCUGAAAACAGGAAGCGCAAAGAUGAUUCAAGAAUGUCCUAUGUCCAAACCAUUCUUCAGAGUGUUCAUAUAAGAAAAACGCCAACGCUAGAAGAGCUCCUCAAAGAAUCAGAUAUUGACAUUCAAGCAACAUCCAUUGACAGAAUCAGUGGACCCUUGUCACAAAACACCUUUACAAAGAAAAGUCUCUCCCCACCUUUUAAAACAAGAGAAAUGGUCCAGGAGAGUCUCCAUCCGCUCAGAUCAACCACCUGCAGUGCCCUUUUGAUCUCUCAUUCAUCGCCUCAAACAAGUUAUAGUGAAAUAAGCCAUAAUUUCCCGGAAGCCAGUGAUACAGCUGUAGAUUCCAGUUCAUUUAAGAGCUACUUCCACCAAUUAUCUUCAGGUUAUCAUAGUUACACGAAUGUAGAAAACACCAUCAGUGCCAUUGUUAGUCAAAAAGAGGAUAUUUUCCAUUCAGGAGAAGACCGAAUUGAAGGCUUUUUAAUCCAUAACUCAUCAGAUACAGUUAAAAAGAUGCCUGAUAUUAUCAACUAUCCGCCAGUUGAUGGAGAAGAGUUGGAAAGGAGUGGUCAAGAGUCACCUUUUGGUAUUGAUUUAAAAGCUGAAAAUCCCCAAAGCACCUCUUAUAUAAAUCCCAGUUCAGCAGAACAGUCCUGUGGUGUUUAUUCAGUGCAAACAGAAACUUCACAUUUAGGUAGUCAGAGCGAAAAUGAUCAAGAAGUAGAGUUAAAGUAUGAACUUACAGACCCAAAAAAGGAUCCACCAGCACCUAAAUGUCUCACAGAAAUUCACCCUCAACUCAAUGAAACAACGGAGACAGAUGAGGACUCAGCGCCUUCAGAAGUGCCUUAUCGAAUGAGUCUCCAGGCUUUACUGAAAAAAUCUCAGGACUAUCGCCAGCGUCAGCGCAUGCUUCGGAGUCAGGCCAAAAGCGCUAAAAUUCAGGACAGAGCUCAAGAUCAGCCAAAGUCAGAGGAGCAGAGCCUAUCUGAUAAAGAGAAUGAUGAGUGGCACACCAAAGGGACAGAGCCAAGGAAGAACCAGGAGAGGAAUAAUACCCAUAGUUCCAUUGUGGACCAAUCACUGAAGAGAUCCUAUGAAAGUGAUAGGAAAACUGACAUCUUUGACGAAUCACACUUAACAAUUGAUAAGCAAACACAAGACUGUGUUCUAAAUCCUAACAGUGACAGCUAUGACUCAAUUAGAAUAAAUAAUUGGAUAAACACAAGUGGGCCUAGAAAUGUCGCCUUGCCGAUGCCAAUAUGGAUGGAAAACAUGAGCAAAACUAGCAACUGCAGUGCCAAUACUUCCCCCCGAGCUUUUAACGAUGUCAAGAAAUAUCACAACAUCCCAGCCCUGAACUUUUGUAGGAGUCCUGUACCCUACAAAGCUAAAAGCCACUCUCCACCAUUUGAUAAGAUCUCUCAAGAUGAGUCAGUGAUCAAUACAUCCAUAAAGGAUGACAAGGUUGAAGGAAGUAAAAGCCGAACUUCACCCCUCAAUGUCGUGGAGAGUGAUGUAACAAGUGUUUUAGUCAAGAGUUCACAGCACAUAGAUCAGUUGGAGUUCAACCUAUCUGGCCUCAAAGUGCUGAUCUCAGAUUUGGAGUGCACGCUGACAGAGAACGUGGAUAAAAGUAGCAGCCAAAGUGAGAGUCAGCAGACGCAGAUAAGCCAGAACGAUUCAGUUUGUUGGUUGGGUAACGUUUGCCUGUCACAGAAGAGCCUAUCACCAGACAGCCUUAAAAGAAGUGAUGGCAAAACUUCACUUACAGAGUCAGAAACAGUUGAUUUACAACAACCUGUUACGACUAUGAUGACCAGUAGAGAGAAAGAUCACACAAGACAGAUCCAUGCACAGAAUAGUAGAAGGCAACCAUUUGUCAAAUCUACCCUGUCUACGGCACAGAGAACACGCAUUCCCGAUGUAUUCCGAACAUGUCUCCCAGAAGCCACGACCAGGAAUAACGUCUCUAUAUUGUCCAAUACAAGUAACCAUUCCGUGAAAUUUGGUUCGGAUUUAGGUCACGACUCUAUCUGCACAUCUUUGAACCAGUCCUAUGAUGUGGACACUCCGUCUGAGUUGUGGCUUCACAGUGUGAAUGGACCUCAAAGGCACGAAGAGAAGCACAUGACCACGGAGACUGGAGGUGAAGGUCAGGGCGUAGGGUUAAAGGUGAAACGUAGGCUCCAGAUGACAGAAGUUGCCCAGGAGAGAGGAGAUGAGCAAGCAGGAAGUAGACUCAACUCCAGCACUCCAAAAGCUGCAACGCGGUGGCACGAAGGCCUCGGCAGUGUGAAAGAAAGACAGGAGCGACUGAGACAGAUCCAUGCGGCACAGCUCAGAGCGCUUGAGGAGGAGCACCAACAGCAACAGGAACAACUACUACAGACGUUGGCGGCACGUUACCAUCUUCUUCAGAGCAUGUCCUUGCCCUGUUCCAUGUCCACCUCACGUCUUGGGGACACAGUGACCUUUCCGACUCUCUCCCAGCCCUCCUCUCUCCCGCUCCCGGAGCACUACCGCCACCUGCUGUCCGCAGUCGCAAAGGGCUUUCUGACACGCAGGCUGCUGAAGACUGAGAGAGUAGCACAGCUGGUUCGCACCGUCAGGGAUACAUAUCAGUUUUUACAGGCUUUUCAGAAGCAUAGCCCUAACAAAGGACCUCCCUCCAGACAAGACCUUAUGUUGCAAGAGAGAGUAACUUUACAGCUUCGUGCCACACGAUAUGAGAUCCAUGAUAUCUUCUUCAGUCUAGCAACUAGAGAGAGGAUGCAGCUGAUCAGCAUCGACCGAGAUCUGGCCCGGGAAAGGGAGCUUAAGCGACAAAAUGGAUCUGGAGGCCCACAUAGAGGAAAGAAUUCAUUGUCUGCUGCGACACAGAAGUCACUAGAGAGAAAGAGAGGUUUGAUGAUCCAGAAGAAGACAGCGGAGAGGCACCGGGGAGCUAGCAUGAGGUCUCGGCACAAGCCUGGAUUCUCCACUCAGCAGCCAUUAGAGUCACAGGGAGGACAGUACAGAACAAAUCCUCAGAGGGUCCCCAAGAGCACUUACACCUCCAGACCCCGAUGACACCCCUCUAAUUGGCCCCACUGUGGGAUCCUAAUAAGACCUCUAGCGAUUACAUGAAUAUCUUUACAUUUUAGAGGAGUUCAAAA